AUGGCUCAACGGGAAGUCUCUGAUCAGCCCAUCACACUCACUGAUGAUGAUGUAAUUUUGGUUACAGGAGGAACUGGUUUGUUUGGGAAAGCUGUAGAACAUAUCGUGAAGAAGGAUCACAUUAAAGGUAAAUGGGUGUUCUUGGGAAGCAAGGAUGGUGAUCUCCGUGAAGCCGAUGCCUGCAAACAAAUUUUUGAAAAGCACAGACCAACCUAUGUGAUUCAUUUGGCUGCUUUUGUUGGAGGACUUUUCAAGAAUAUGAAUUUUAAAGUGAGCUUUUGGUUGGAUAACGUGAAUAUGAAUAAUAAUAUUUUGAAUUGUUGUUAUGAUUUCGGAGUGAAAAAGACAAUAUCAUGUCUCUCUACUUGUGUCUUCCCAGACAAGAUUGAAUAUCCAAUCACUGAAGAUAAACUUCAUGAAGGACCUCCACACUUUAGUAAUAAUGCAUAUGCCUACGCCAAAAGAAUGCUCGACAUGUUAGGAAGAUGGUACAAUGAAAAGGCUGUUAAUGAAGGAAAAUCAUGUCUCUUUACAAGUGUCAUCCCAACCAAUUUGUUUGGGCCACAUGAUAACUUUAACGUGGAGGCUGGUCACGUCUUGCCAGGACUCAUGCACAAAUGUUAUAAGGCUCAACAAAGCGGCGCUGAUUUUGUUGUGUUCGGUUCAGGAAAGCCAUUGAGACAAUUUUUGUAUUCCCACGAUGCUGCACGUAUGUUGUUGUGGACCAUGUUCAAUUAUCAGUCUGAAGAACCAAUCAUGUUGUGCGUGAGCGAAGAGGACGAAAAGAGUAUUGGACAAGUUGCACAAAGUAUUAAGGAUGCUUUCAAUUUCACUGGUAACAUGGUAUUUGACACCUCAAAAGCAGACGGUCAAUACAAGAAGACUGCAAGUAAUGCCAAGUUCUUGCGUUUGAAUCCAACCUUCCAAUAUACACCAUUCGAUCAAGCAAUCAAGGAAACAGUUCAAUGGUUUUUGGACAAUUAUGAAACUGCUAGAAAGUAA